AUGAUUUCUUCUCCACUUAUGGUCCACGAAAAAAUUUGGCUGGAUAAGCCAAAAUACGAUGCCGCUGAAAGGAGAUAUUAUGAAAGAUUAGCCAAGUCCUCAGAAUCGGCCAAAGUCGCCAAUAGUACAAUUGUCACCGAUCAGCAGGACAAUGCAGGUCUUAGUGAGGGCCAAGAUGCUCAAGUUAGCUUAAAUGAUUCCUGUCCUAUAUCAGAUGUAAUGAGCCCAUCAAAAAUCCAUCUAGGUAAAUUAGAUAACAGUGAAGAUACCAUGAUUAAAGAGGGUAAAAUUGAACCAUGCUCUGCCCAAUUGGAAGAGGAUACCAUGAAACCUGAUCUGUCAAUCUUUCGCCGUAAAUCAGUAUAUAUUACUCCUCAACCUAAAGACUCUUUAAAACUGAUUAGAAUGUCACCUGGUAGUUCUCAACGGCCUGUGUCUGAAUCAGGGGCCCAGGCCAUUGCUAAUCACUCUAAAUCAGUUUCACUUAAUAAAGCUACUGAAAAUGAAUCAAGCUGUUCACCACAAACUACUAAAGUAGAGGUAGGUUCUAAAUCUGAGAAACCCAAGAAAACAGAUGUCAAUAGCCGGGAUAAUACUUUAUCAAAAAGUGAAGUUAUUGCCCAGAUGAAAAUCGAAACUGGAGAUAUUACUUGUUCCAAAGGCAAAGGUCAGAAUAAGACAAAAGUCGCUGAUGAUAAAGGUUUGAAACAAGAGUUUGUUCCUGAUAAAGGAAGUUUUAUUGACCCAGUUUCGGAAGUAGUCAAGGUAAUAAAUGUUGGUAGAUUUUGUGGAAUGAUAAUUUUUGUGGUUGUCAGCUUGUUAUAAUUUAUUUAAUACUUAUAUUUUAUUUAGUUACCUAGUUAUGUUAAUUUCCUCAGCACAAGAGUUUAUUAUUUUUUGUUAAGACAUAUGUUCAUAUUUUUAAAGCAUGUUUAUGGAAAAGCAUGAUAAAAUCUAUGUAUAACAUGUUAAUUAUUGAUUAAUAGUUAAUUGUCAUCUUUCUAUUGUGUGCAAGCAGCUAAAAGGAUAUUACCUACCCUCUAAAAAUCUUUCCUAUCCAUCUGAUUCCCUUAAAAAUAAAGGAACUAAUGUUAACACAAUCCCAGAAAUAUCCAAAAUCACGACUUGUUAUGAAAAGUCCAAUAAUUCUCAAAAUAAUUUUAAAAAAGUUCCUCUUACUAGAGCUCCUCUUCCUGAUAUACAAGAUUCAGUUGAACUUAUAAUUCCAUCAGACAGUAUCAAUGACCCUCAGGCUGAAGAUCAAGCCAAAAAAGAAUCUAAGAAAAAGAAAAGGCACAAGAAGGAGCGUCAAAGGGACAAAAAGGGCGUUUCACAGAAUAGCAACUCAUGGAAUUCCCUCGCCGGCGAAGUUGCCAAAGCGAGGCAGCACAUCAAAAAUUCUUUACAGUGUAUAGAUGAUAUUGCUGUCACUUCUAAUACUGUCAGUGUUGAAAUAACAAAUCGUCUUAACUCUUUGGAAAAAGAAAAUGUGGAUUUAAAAAAUCAGGUUAGUGAACUUGUGGAGCUUUUGAAGAAAAUGGACCUUAGAAUCGUUUCUUUGGAAAAAACUUGUGCUGGAGGGUCCAAGCCUGCAGAUAAUAAAGUACCUGCUCCUGCUCCACAUCCUAAGAAAGAUGAUGCUGAAGAUGAUGAUGGCGUUGACCUCUUUGGUUCUGACUCAGAGGAAGAAGAUACAGAGGCAGCCAAAAUCAAAGAACAGAGGCUUGCUGAGUAUGCUGCAAGGAAGGCAAAGAAACCUGUUCUUAUUGCAAAAUCCAACAUCAUCCUUGAUGUCAAGCCGUGGGAUGACGAAACGAACAUGAAAGAAUUGGAAGCAGAAGUCAGAAAAAUAACAACAGAUGGUCUUGUAUGGGGGGCCUCUAAACUUGUGCCAUUAGCAUAUGGAAUUCACAAACUACAGAUCUCUUGCGUUGUUGAAGAUGACAAAGUUUCAGUUGAUUGGCUUCAGGAAACUAUUCAAGAGAUCGAAGAUUAUGUGCAAAGUGUCGACAUAGCUGCUUUCAAUAAAGUUUAAAUGUUUUAACCAUCUUCUGUUAUUAAACAAAAUGUUAUCGUGGCUGUCAUUUUUUUAUUAAUUGAAUGUUUUUAAAUUAAUGUAUAUUAUAGAUGUACCUUCCGCUUAAUGCCAUAAUAAAUUAUUGUGAUUUAUUGUUCUCUCU